GCCCCGCGUGGACUCCUGCGGCUGGGUUCAAGGAUGCGCCUCCAACGUCGGCGCCUAGUAGGUGCGCGGUCAGGAACUGGCCCGCGAACGGGGGGUCGGUGCGUGAACGAACCUACUCUGCGUGGAGACGGGUCAGCAGGUUGGGACGUGCUGAUCCCGGGGGCAUCUCCCACCGGGAACCCCGAUGCUGCCGCUUGUGCAGCUGGGGCUCCGAGGACGCACCCCCGAGGAAACACCCAGGGAGUGCACCCGAGGUGCGGGAAGAGGGGCGCGGCGCGGAAGAGAAGCACCGGGAGUGGGGGAGGGCCCCCAGGCCCCGCCCCGCCGCGGGACCCAGCCUGGCGUCGCGCGGCCGAGGUUUCCAGGCAACGCGGAACGCGGACGCCCGGCUGCUUGCAGCGGGCAGACUGGGCCCGACAUCGGCGGGCGCGAGCCCUCGCUGGGGUGGCAUGGAGGACGACGAAGAGGAGGAGCUCACCGCCGCCACGCUGCGGGGCAAGCCCCGGCCGCCGCCCCUCUCGGCGCUGUCCGCCUUCAGCUACAUCCCGCCGCGGCGCCUGGACCCCAAGGAGCACAGCUAUUAUUACCGCCAGGCCAAGACAGGAGUCAUUUCCCUGUACGACUGUGUUUUUAACAAGAGCCCAGGCUACGACCAGAAACUGCACCGAGACGACAGAGAACAUGCAAAAAGCCUGGGACUUCAUGUGAACGAGGAGGUAAUGUGAAGACCGACUGCUGACCAAGUGCGAACAGAUUAGCUGUGUGUGCGCAUCUCUGUUUACCAGCGUGCUGUGCCGCGGGCGGUCCUCCUCUUCCUCGCCGCCGCCCCCGGGGCUGGACUCAGCCGCUUCCAGUUCCCUCUCUUCUCCUUCUGUGUAUUUGUUUCUGUGACUCUGUGGUUUAGUUAGCAGCUUAAUGAAGGCAAAACUAAGACGUUCUUUUCAACAGAUAAAGCAGGUUUUUGCUUAACUUCUGAGUCCUGGCUGUCCUAGUUCUCCCAUGGACCCUGGGAGAAUAACAAGAAUAUGCUCUCUAGUUUAGGUACCGGCCUCCAACCUCCAGGUAUAGGCAGCUCCUCAUUUGGGUGUGUGCGGCUUUCUGAAAGGGAGGGCUCGGACUGAGGUCGGAGGCCCAGCUGUGUGAGCAACAGAGGAGCCAAACUCCCAGGCCCCAGGGAGGCGAGGUCUGAGCCACGGCAGGUGUCGGGUGCCAGGAGGCUGGGUGUCUCCUUAGCGGUGAGACCCUCCUGGUGCCUUCCUGCACUCGGGACACGGUCUCCACGGAGUCUGAUCUGAGGACAGCACGGUUAUUAAGAGCCAGGUGCUGAGUAAAUAUCAUCAUCUUUUCCACAAGGCACAGAGAUCGGAACGCAAGAGCCUCUGCUGGGAUUUCUUUCUCGCUCAGAGGAUUUUUGCCCGUGGCUGCUAUUGUUAAGAAUGCUGGGGGCGCCUGGGUGGCUCAGUCAUUAAGCGUCUGCCUUUGGCUCAGGUCAUGAUCAUCGG